CGGGAUCCGACGACUUUUGUUUCUAAAGUCUAAGUAAAUUAAACGACGCAAUUUUGUGCCUACGACAGGCCGAGAUGUGUUUUUAGGAAAAAAAACAUUACCUUGGUAUCAUACAAAAAUACUGCCGUUAUUGAAAUUAACCCGUUGCGAACCGAAUACAUUUGAAGAUAAAGUCGUCGGCCGAAGGAUUAAAGUUGCGUUUGGAGUACAACGGAAAUUUGAAUUAUUUUCAAGAGAUGAGAGAGCGGAGUAGAAACGCUGCCAGGACGCGCAGGGAAAACGAAAAUGCAGAAUUUUUGGAACUCGCCAAGCUGUUGCCGUUGCCUUCGGCCAUUACCAGUCAACUAGACAAAGCUUCGGUGAUCCGGUUGACGACUAGCUACUUAAAAAUGAGACACGUCUUCCCAGACGGUCUGGGAGACGCAUGGGGUGCUGCCACGCCGCAUAACCACAUCAAAGAAGCGUGCAUAAAAGAACUCGGCUCCCAUCUACUACAGAGUCUGGACGGAUUCAUAUUUGUGGUGGGCGGAGAUGGAAAGAUUAUGUAUAUUUCAGAAACCGCAUCGGUCCAUUUGGGUCUGUCACAGGUUGAGUUGACCGGCAACAGUAUUUUCGAGUACAUCCACCAAGCUGACCACGACGAAAUGAUAUCAGUGCUUAGUCCUCAUCAUCUGCCGCCUAAUUUAAUGCCGACCGACAACAUGAUGUUAAACUUUGAAGUGGAACGUGCAUUUUUUCUUAGAAUGAAGUGUGUAUUGGCCAAAAGGAAUGCUGGCCUAACUACUGGCGGUUAUAAGGUGAUCCAUUGUUCGGGCUACCUAAAAGUCAGACAGUACCCGGGACUGGAGACCGUCGGACUGGUGGCCGUGGGACAUUCGCUGCCUCCACACGCCAUCACCGAGAUAAAACUUCAUUCCAACAUGUUCAUGUUUCGAGCCAGUUUGGAUUUGAAACUGAUAUUCCUGGACGCCAGGGUAUCGCAACUGACGGGCUACGAACCACAAGACUUGAUCGAGAAAACCCUCUACCAUUACAUACACGGCUGUGACAUCAUGCACAUGCGAUUCUCGCAUCACACACUGUUGUUGAAAGGUCAAGUCACCACAAAAUACUACAGGCUUUUGGCCAGAGACGGCGGAUGGGUGUGGGUGCAGAGUUACGCGACCAUAGUGCACAACAGCCGGUCGUCCAGACCGCAUUGCAUAGUCAGCGUCAACUAUGUGUUGAGCGAGUCCGAGGUGAAGGACAUUCGUUUGUCGGUUCAUAACAACAACCCGUCCGUCCAAAACGGUAACGACGAGACGCCGGUGGUCCAGAGCAAGCCGAAAACGCCUCAGAACCAGAGGCAUCCCAACCAGAACCAUAGAUACCACAGACCGCCCGUGGUAACCGACGAAGAGUACAGCGACUCGAGCGGUGGCCUUUACAGCGACUAUGUCAAUAACACUACGGAACCGCACGCUUUGCAGGCCAACGGUCUGAACAUGCUGCCGAACAUGUACACAGGCGAGGAGUACAUUUAUCCGGACCUGUUCUACCCGUACGAACAAACGUGCACGCGGCCGUUCAGCUCCGGUUCUAGCUGUUCCAGCUCCAACGAGAGUGACCGCGGCAUGUUAGGCCACCAGGCCGGUGCUGGCGGGUACACGCCGCCGGCGAUGCUUAUGGGGCACGACGACCAGCACGCCGCGUACCAGACGUUGACGCCCGUCGGCGCCGCCAUGCCCACGGCCGCCCAUCACGGCGUCAUAGUGGAUACCCCGCCGCAACACUACCAGGUCAACGAGUACGUCCACUAAUUGACCGGCCGCCGUCCCGCGAGCGCCACCGGGCCAACACCACCACCGUUCCUAUGUCGUCACUGAUGUUGGCGACACAAUACACUUGUAGGGACAGUGGCCCACCGGUUCUGCGGUUCGUCAUUGUCCCACUAACAUCACACAAACACACAAACAUUCACAGAACCGUUCAACCGAAAAGCAUAGCGUAUCAACGAGAUUUUAAAACAAUGUUACCUAUAAACUUUGUUGUGUACUUAUACACGGUCGUCGUUUCUUUUAUUUCUAUUAACUAUCUAUUACAAUAAUCAUUAUUCGUUCUAAGAAUUUUUUUUGUACAGAUUAUUAUAAUAUUUAUAGUACAAUUACCAAUACUAUUUCGACUGACACACGACUCAUUAACUUAAUAAUUACACAUUUAUAUUUUUAAAAAAAUAAAAUAUAAUAUUGUAUCAAUACGGAAAAGUGUGAUAAAUAAGUACUAUCGUAAUUAUAGUUAAAAUAAUAGUACCUAUCACUACUA